UCCUGCUCAAGGGGCCGUGCAGAUGAAGUCCUGAACGCAGAGACUCCAUCGACUGAAUUAACGAGGCUGCCGAGGACUUAAAGGAAAUAAGACUUGUCUUGUGUGACAGAAGCUGGACUCUGAAAGAUCUGUCACUCAAAUGUUUUCUAUUCAUUUAAGAGUUACCGUGGAGGACCGCACGUUUUUUAGAAAUCCCAAAGUUUGCUUAGAAAGUGGAGAACGCCGUCUUUUAUCUGCACGCUACGUUUAGAAAUGAGGCCCUGGUCUGACAGGUCUAACUCUGAAUAUGGUUCUGGUCUGAUGGACUAACUCUGUUUUCUUUCUUCAGAUGAUGAUGCUCAGGUUAUUCUGGAGAUUUCUGCACUUCCUGUGGUGGCAGGAAGUGAUGUCACUCUGCGCUGUAGAAGCAAAGAUCAGGUCGCACUCGAAGCCUUUUUCAUCAGGGAUGGUUCUAAACUUGGAUCUGGACCUGAAGGACAGUUUACCAUCAGGAACUUCCAACAGUCUGAUGAAGGUCUCUACUGGUGUUAUUUUGAUCAGACUGCUGAAUGUCCUCGGAGACGGCUGAGGGUCACAGAUUCUCAGGUUAUUCUGGAGAUUCCUGCACUUCCUGUGAUGGCAGGAAGUGAUGUCACUCUGCGCUGUAGAAGCAAAGAUCAGGUCGCACUCGAAGCCUUUUUCAUCAGGGAUGGUUCUAAACUUGGAUCUGGACCUGAAGGACAGUUUACCAUCAGGAACGUCCAACAGUCUGAUGAAGGUCUCUACUGGUGUUAUUUUGAUCAGACUGCUGAAUCUCCUCGGAUAUGGCUGAGGGUCACAGGUCCUACUGCCCCUUCAACUUCUACUUGUACAUCCGCUCCUCCUUUUCCUUCUUCUUCUUCUUCUUCUUCCUCCUCCUCCUCCUCCUCCUCCUCUCCUUUCUCCUCCCCAGCUUCCCCCCCUCUUUCUCCUCCACUUGGUGCAGCUGUGGGUUCUCUGGUUCUUCUGGUUCUUCUGGUUCUGGUCCUGGUCGGAGUUCUGUUGCUCCGCAGGAAUCAAACAGAUGCUGUCAGAUCUGCUCAAAGGAAACACACUGCAGGUCUGGCUGUGCUGACUGCUGCAGGUGCGGCUGUGUUGCUGAGUGGACUGCUUGUUUCUGCAGACUCCUCUCUGUCUGUGCUCAGACUCUGCUGCCAUCUAGUGGUCUUCUGUCCAUACUGCGUCUCUACUGGUCUGAUGCUGUCCAUCUGCUGCAGCAGGAAGACAGGAAACAAACCAGCCGUCUCCAUGGAGAUGACCCAGCGGGUUGGAGGAAGUGACGAAUUGGAUGGCGAUUAUGAUGACAUCACCGCUGAUGUCACCACUGAGCACGCCUUCUGAGCUGUGAACAGAGUGACAGCAGCUGUCUUUAACAAUAACAUGAUGGAUCUGAAGUCAGCUCCUGGAUCAGUUUGAAUAUGUGAAAAUACUGAUAAUCAUCAUCAUGUGUUUUCUUAAAUUUUCAGUGGUCAGAAAUAUAGUGUAGAGUUAUAAAUAAACACAUAAAGUGCUAGCUUCCGUAGAUUAGCAGACUCUGUAUAACCAGUGAAUAAGUGUGUUGCUUAGUUUCUGACCGUCUACAGAUGGUGACAACUGACAAGAGGAAGCAGCAGGAAGUGUCUUCUGAACAGCUUCAUGGCUUUUUAGACCCAGAAAUUCUGUUUGGUUUCUUUAUUCUCUUCUCUUCUAUCUCAAAGUGUUUCUGGACGUAGGCUUUGUAUGUUA